CCCACAACAUCUAUAACCGAACCAAAACCAUCUCCGGGAACCAGGUAGAGAGAGAGCUUCAUAAGCGUCACUUUCCGUUCUCCUCCAAAUCUACGGCGGAGCUACCAAACAGCAACGGCCGGCCAACAACCAUUAGUGGCCACCUGCAAUUAAACCAUAUGUUCCCUCGAGUCUCUCCUCUCCUUCGGUUCUCUCUCCCUUUACCUUCUUCAAUGGCGCGUAACAUUUCUUCUCGCGCCGCCACCGGCGCUUUUCCCAUUGUUGCCCUCGCCGCCGCCGCCUCGCCUUCCAACGUUCAGUUCUUCACUCCGUCCAACUCCUUCGCUUCCCCCUCGUUACGCUUCACGACCAGAUGCUUCCACGCCGGAUUCGUCAAGCCGAUUGAAACCGGGGUUUGGGCGGCCGGCGGGCAGAGAGGGUAUCGGAAAGUGAGGAGACGCGCCACCGCCAAGAGCAAGCAGAAGGAGCUGGAGCUCAGCGUUAGCAUUUGCAUCGAGGAUGACCUCCCCGAUAAUGAUUCUGAAAUCCUGAGUAUAGCAGAGUUGCUCCGCCUGAACGCGCCCAUGGCGUUGAAGUUGGCACUGGAUGGCCUGAAAGACUCGCCCUGCAAAACUCGAGAUACUGCCAUCACAGAUGUUGGUGGCUACGAGAGCAUCGAGUUGUCUGUCAUGCUUUGCAAUGACAGAUUCAUCCGUAAGCUCAACAAAGAAUGGAGGGAUGAAGACAGUGCUACUGACGUUCUCUCCAUGUCGCAGCAUGUUGCUCAGCUUAAUCUCCCGAUUCUUAUGUUGGGUGACAUUGUAAUUUCUGUGGAGACGGCUGCAAGGCAAGCUGAAGAAAGAGGUCAUACACUUCUUGAUGAAAUCCGUAUUCUCAUGGUCCAUGGGUUGUUGCAUUUGCUAGGAUUUGAUCACGAGAUUAGUGAAGAAGCUGAAACCGAGAUGGAGAAAGAGGAGGAAGUUCUUCUAAAGAGUCUUGGAUGGGCGGGAAAAGGACUAAUUCAAAGUGCAUAUGAGUCCUACGAUCAAGCUAAUUCUGAUUCAGAAAUUUCGGAUGACAGGAAGAAAGAAGGGAGUCUCCGCUUCUAUAAACCAAAAUUCAAGUACAUCUUCUGUGACAUGGAUGGGACAUUGCUUAACAGCAAAAGUCAACUUUCAACCACAAAUGCAAAUGCAUUGAAAGAAGCUAUGUCAAGAGGAGUGAAGGUAGUGAUAGCAACUGGAAAGGCUCGCCCUUCUGCAAUAAAUAUCUUAAAGACUGCUGGCUUAGCUGAUAAAGAUGGUAUUGUUUCAGAGUUAUCCCCUGGUGUUUUCCUUCAGGGGUUGCUUGUGUACGGUAGGCAGGGGCGAGAGAUCUUCAGAAGAAAUUUAGAUCCAAGUGUCUGCAGAGAGGUGUGCCGGUAUUCUUUGGAGCAUAAGGUUCCCCUAAUUGCAUUCAGCAAUGAUCGUUGCCUAACGCUGUUUGAUCACCCCCUUGUUGAAUCGCUGCAUACAGUUUACCAUGAGCCAAAGGCAGAAGUCAUGCCUUCAGUUGAGGAUCUCGUAGCUGCAGCUGACAUACAAAAACUUUUAUUCAUAGACACGGCUGAUAGAGUAGCUACUGAGCUGAGGCCGUACUGGUCAGAAGCAGCAGGAGGUCGCGCCAGUGUAGUCCAAGCCAUCCCACAUAUGCUUGAGAUCGUGCCUGUGGGAACAUCGAAAGGGAGUGGGGUGCAAAUUCUUCUUGAUCAUUUGGGUGUGAAAGCCGAGGAGAUAAUGGCCCUUGGCGACGGGGAGAACGAUAUCGAGAUGCUGCAAUUGGCUUCUCUUGGCAUUGCUCUCAGCAAUGGCGCCGAGAAGACGAAAGCUGUCGCCAACGUAAUUGGUGCCAGCAACGACGAAGAUGGGGUAGCUGAUGCCAUCUAUCGGUAUGCAUUUUGAACCACUCGAGCAUAGCCAUUGAUCUUUCGAGAGCUCACUCAGCAAGCAUCUGCACAACACACUGGAGGUGACCGAGCUCGUGGUCGUGGAUGCUUGGCGAUUCUUCUUCUUAUCAUUCUUUAAUGAAGACUAGAGAGCCUUUAGAGUAAAACCAGCAAAAAAGAAAAGCUAUUUUCUGUGUUCUUUUGAUAAAAGGCGCCAUUUUUGAGCUGGUAUCCUAGGUUGGGUGUCUACUCAUUGGAUUACAAAUGGUUAGUUUAUUUGAUUGGGUGGUCGUUUUUGUUUCCCUUUAACCAACUGAACACUUUUUUUUCUUCUUCUUUUCGAUAGAUAUGAAGGAACUGUAUUACUAGUUGCCCAGGGACGUGCGAAAAGUAGCAAAUUGGCAGGUGUUUUGCCACUAUAUUGUGAAUUUGUGAGCUCUUCGAUUAGUUGAUGAAUUUUAACAUGACAUUAUAGAAGUCUCCAAAACUGAAAGAAUAUUAGCACAAUUUACAUAAAAAUGGUUCUCUGCUG